CGCUGCUCACCUCUACCCGCAGCUUCCACCACCACCUCCACCAAUUUUCAAAUCCCGGGCUGUGUGCCCCCCUCUCCGUGUCACGUCUCUGCAGAGGAGUCCCUUCCCCCUUUGAAGUAGCGGGUGUGGCUAUUGCUGGACUACGGAAGCCGAUCCAGCCAUGGCGACUCCGUCUGCUGCCUUUGAGGCCCUUAUGAAUGGAGUGACAAGCUGGGAUGUCCCCGAAGAUGCCAUCCCGUGUGAACUGCUUCUAAUUGGAGAGGCCUCCUUCCCGGUGAUGGUGAAUGACAUGGGCCAGGUCCUCAUUGCUGCCUCUUCCUAUGGCCGAGGCCGCCUGGUGGUGGUGUCCCACGAGGACUACUUGGUGGAGGCCCAGCUCACUCCUUUUCUCCUCAAUGCAGUGGGUUGGCUUUGCUCUUCCCCUGGGGCUCCUGUUGGUGUACACCCAUCCCUGGCACCUCUGGCCAAAAUCCUUGAAGGCUCUGGUGUAGAGGCAAAGGUUGAACCAGAAGUGAAAGACUCCCUGGGGGUUUACUGUAUUGAUGCCUACAGCGAAACCAUGACUGAAAAGUUGGUCAAGUUCAUGAAACGUGGAGGGGGCUUGCUAAUUGGAGGCCAAGCCUGGGAUUGGGCCAACCAGGGCGACGAUGAAAGGGUUCUGUUCACGUUCCCUGGGAACCUUGUGACCAGCGUGGCCGGCGUGUACUUCACCGACAAUAAAGGGGACACGAGUUUCUUUAAAGUCUCUAAGAAGAUGCCCAAGAUCCCCGUCUUAGUUAGUUGUGAAGACGAUCUCUCUGAGGACAGAGAUGAACUCCUGCACGGGAUUUCUGAGCUGGACAUCAGCAACUCGGACUGCUUCCCGUCCCAGCUGCUAGUGCACGGGGCUUUAGCCUUUCCCCUGGGGCUGGAUUCCUACCACGGCUGUGUCAUAGCGGCUGCCCGCUACGGCCGGGGCCGGGUGGUCGUGACUGGCCACAAGGUCCUUUUCACCGUCGGUAAACUGGGCCCCUUUCUGCUCAAUGCUGUCCGCUGGCUGGACGCGGGCCGCAGAGGCAAGAUCGUGGUGCAGACAGAACUGAGGACUCUGAGCGGCCUGCUCGCGGUGGGGGGCAUAGACAGCAGCAUCGAGCCCAAUCUGACCAGCGAUGCCAGUGUCUAUUGCUUUGAGCCCGUGAGUGACGUGGGAGUCAAGGAGCUGCAGGAGUUUGUAGCAGAGGGCGGGGGCCUGUUUGUUGGAGCCCAAGCCUGGUGGUGGGCCUUCAAGAACCCAGGAGUGUCCCCUUUGGCUCGGUUCCCAGGAAACCUCCUCCUCAACCCCUUUGGCAUUAGCAUCACCAGCCAAAGCCUCAACCCCGGGCCCUUUCGUACUCCUAAGGCAGGGAUAAGGACCUAUCAUUUCCGUUCCACCCUGGCCGAGUUCCAGGUUAUAAUGGGCAGGAAGAGAGGGAACGUAGAAAAGGGCUGGUUGGCAAAGCUGGGACCGGAUGGCGCAGCUUUCCUGCAGAUCCCCGCAGAAGAGAUCCCUGCCUACACGUCGGUGCAUCGGCUCCUAAGGAAGCUGCUAAGUCGCUAUCGGCUCCCAGUAGCGACCCGAGAGAACCCUGUCAUCAACGACUGCUGUAGGGGUGCUAUGCUCUCCCUGGCCACUGGGCUGGCCCACUCUGGAAGUGACCUCUCUCUGUUAGUCCCAGAAAUUGAAGAUAUGUACAGCAGCCCCUACCUGCGCCCCUCGGAAUCUCCUAUCACUGUUGAGGUCAACUGCAACAAUCCAGGCACCAGGUAUUGCUGGAUGAGCACCGGGCUCUACAUACCCGGGAGGCAGAUUAUAGAGGUCUCGCUGCCUGAAGCUGCUGCCUCUGCUGACUUGAAGGUACAGAUUGGCUGCCACACCGAUGACCUGACCAGGGCCAGCAAGCUGUUCCGAGGCCCCCUUGUGAUUAACCGCUGCUGCCUGGACAAGCCCACAAAGUCGAUCACCUGCCUCUGGGGGGGCCUCCUGUACAUCAUUGUGCCUCAGAGCAGCAAGCUGGGCUCUGUGCCCGUCACGGUUAAGGGGGCUGUGCAUGCUCCCUACUACAGGCUAGGGGAGACAUCCCAGGAGGAAUGGAAGAGGCGUAUCCAGGAGAAUCCAGGUCCCUGGGGAGAGCUGGCUACAGACAACAUCAUCUUGACAGUGCCAACCGCAAACCUUCGCACUCUGGAGAACCCUGAGCCACUGCUACGCCUCUGGGACGAGGUGAUGCAGGCCGUGGCCCGGCUGGGGGCUGAGCCUUUCCCCCUGCGUCUGCCUCAGAGGAUCGUUGCCGACGUGCAGAUCUCAGUCGGCUGGAUGCACGCAGGCUACCCCAUCAUGUGUCACCUGGAGUCGGUGCAGGAGCUCAUCAGUGAGAAACUCAUCAGAACCAAGGGGCUGUGGGGCCCUGUGCACGAGCUGGGCCGCAACCAGCAGCGGCAGGAGUGGGAGUUCCCCCCGCACACCACCGAGGCCACCUGCAACCUGUGGUGUGUCUACGUGCACGAGACAGUCCUGGGCAUCCCUCGAGGACGAGCCAAUAUCGCUCUGUGGCCCCCAGUUCGGGAGAAGAGAGUCAGAAUCUACCUGGGCAAGGGUCCCAAUGUGAAAAACUGGAACGCGUGGACGGCCCUGGAAACGUACUUACAGCUCCAGGAGGCCUUUGGGUGGGAGCCAUUCAUCCGUCUCUUCACUGAGUAUAGGAACCAGACCAACUUGCCCACAGACAAUGUCGACAAAAUGAAUCUGUGGGUGAAGAUGUUCUCCCACCAAGUGCAGAAGAAUCUGGCUCCGUUCUUUGAGGCCUGGGCCUGGCCGAUCCAGAAGGAAGUGGCAACCAGCCUGGCCUAUCUGCCUGAGUGGAAGGAAAAUAUUAUGAAAUUGUACCUCCUCACACAGAUGCCCCACUGAAACCGAAGUCAAGAAACGUAAAAGAGAAUUGACACAUCUCAGCAAAGAAAACUGAAGGAAUUUGGUUAUAAGUGAAGAAGAUCUCAACACAUUUCUGGAAGAGAGAAAGUGGAAGAAGUGAUAAUGAAUGAGUGCAGCUCCUUUCAGACGGAAUAUAAGCUGAUCUGAACACGUAACCCCAAAGAGAUUUGGGCACCUGAAAAGUCUGUCUACUAAAGAAUUAUGUCAGUUGUGAAAUUGAACCCCAUCUCAUUCUACCCCAACCUUUGCACAGAAUACAGGCAACCUACCACUGGUUUCUGUUAAGUCUGUUGUUAUUGUUGUUGUUUGUGUAAAGGAAUCGAAUAAACUGCUUGAGGAGAGGCAGGAGUUGGUGCUCCAAAAUAAAUUUCUCUCUUUUGUGGAAAUAAGUGAGCCCCUAGCCUAUUAGCUAAUUCUCUACAUAUGGCUAAGAUCCCUACUCAAGUAACCAAGUGCUUUCAGUCACAGAAAGGCUUACUGCAGAAGCAAACAGACCACACAAUGGCAGAGGGAAGCCACAACUCCUAUAAAAACAGUUAUACUGAUUCUUCAAUGCAAAUGAUCAGCUAGGAAUUCCCAGACAUUGAGCCUUAGGGGUAGGGGUUGGGGGAGGGACCAGGGGAGCAGCAUGUGAGAAAAAUAACCAAUCAGAACCACGAGAUUUGAAAAAUAUAACAAACUCUAGGGGAAACAGUUAACAUGGAAUAAAUAUCUUCGGAGACAUAUGAGGUGCAUUUGUAAGAUAAAAACAGGAUGCUACAAAGAAAGGGGAAACCCUGAAAAUAAGAGGAGCCCUUAAAUUGAAAUAAGACUGCCAAAAAUAUUUAGUAGACAGGCUGUAAAAUAAGGUUGAGGGAAUCUCCCUAGAUAUAGAGCAAAAAAAAAAAAAAGAAAAUAUAAAGAGGGGAAAGAGACAUAGACAUUAUCUAACUGUUAGGAGUUUCUGAAAGAGAGAACACAGAAAAUAUUGUGAAGAAAAAAAGAACAGAAAUAAGUCUCCAGAUUGAGAGGGACCCUAUACAACCUACAUCUAGACAUAAUCUUGUGAAAUUUUGGAAUAUUAAGGAUAGAGCGAAGAUAUUGAAAGUGCCAAGAGAAAAAAAUAAAAUUAGGUCAUCAUAAUUAGCUCAACUAAAAAGGGAUGAGAAAUAGACUGGGAGUGGAUUUUUCAUCAUCAACACAAUGCUAGAAGCCAAUAGAAGAGUGUCUUCAUACAUGGAAAAUCUUUGUACCCAGAAUUCCAUAGCAAGCCAAACUGUCAAGAGUCAAGUCGAAAGAAAUUUUCUGACAUGCAAGUUUUCAGAAAGUCUACCCUCUUAGCACCUGGAAAGGAAGUUCUCUCUCACCUACUGAGGAAGUUCUCCAGCAAAAUGAGAAUGAAAAUCGGGAAAGAGAAAGAAAUGGAAUCCAGAAAACAGUGGACCUCACCCAGGAUGGCUGACUCCAGAGUGACCAUUAUGCAAUAGGAUAGCUCACUCCAGAGUGACAGUUAUCCAACAGGAAGGCUCACUCUAGAGUGACAGUUAUCCAGCAGAAUGGCUCACUCCAGAGUGAUGUUAUCCAAUAGGAUGGCUCACUCUAGGGUGACAGUUAUCCAAGAGCCCCAUUUCAGAUGAGAGUACACAGUCUCAGGCUCUCUGGGGAGCAUAUGCAUUCUGUGCCGUAGAUAUUAUCCUUGAGAAGCUGGAAUGUUUGAGAAUAUGGAGGAGAUACAUUCUUUAGUAAACAAAAAAGAAAACAAAAAUGUCAAAUUCAGGUUCAAUUAUGAGACAAUAAUAAAAAAAUACUCAUGGAAUGUAAGAAGAGACUCGUUUUGACAUUGGCAGUAGGUACGUUUCAUUUCAAGUGACACAGGAAUCAUGACAUUGGAUAUGUUUAGAAGAAAAUAUCCUAGCUUCUACUUAGCUCCCAGUAAACAGUAUUUACAAAGCCAAAAUAAUGUAGAUACUAUUUAUUGGUAUUCAGUGUUCUGAUCAGCCUACAGAUAAAACAUGAAAGGCUUAAUCUUUUAUUCAGAAAUGAAAUGGAAAGUAAGUAAUCCUGAAAAGGAAAAAGAAAGCAGAAAGAGGUUGAGAAUUAGUUGGGGGAAGAGAGGUGGAAGGAAGAGUAGAAUUACUUACCUAUUCAAAAUGGGGAUGAAAAGAUAAAGUCUACAGUUAAUGGAACAAGGACUAAAGGAUUGUUACUGUU